AUGCUGAAGUUGCAGAAAAGCAGUAUUUUCUUCAACAGAAACGCCAUUGAGGGUAUUUUCUCUCCUUCGUCCACUCUUUAUCUCUUCAAGACUUGUAUCGCUUCCAAUCAUUCUAAAGCCUCUCCGAAUACUAAUAAUAAUAGUAAUAAUGGCCGCCAUAACAAUGCCAAAAUAACAACUCUUGAUGAUGCUUUGAACAUGUUUGAUGAAAUGCUCCAAUUGCGUUCUCUGCCUUCUGUUGUUCGUUUCAAUCAAUUGUUGGCCAAAAUUGCCAAAAUGAAACGCUAUUCUGUAGUGGUCUCUCUAUACAACCAAAUGGGUUUUCAUAGAAUAUCAACUGAUGAUUAUACUCUCAGCACUGUGAUUAAUUGCUUUUGUCAUCUUAACCACAUGGGCUUUAGUUUAUCUGUGUUGGGGAAAUUCAUUAAAUCUGGUUAUGUACCAGACACUGUGACCCUAACAAGUCUAAUAAAAGGGUUUUUGCGACAAGGAAUGGUCGACGAGGCAGCUGAAUGCUACCAACAAAUGACAAGGGGAGGUGUUAAGCCCGAUAUCGUCACUUACAACACAUUGCUAAAUGGGUUUUGUAAAGUGGGCAACACUAGUGCAGCUGUACAGUUGCUUUGGAACAUGGAAAAACAUAGGAACUGCAAGCCUGAUGUAGUUGCUUAUAGUACUGUUAUCAACAGCCUUUGCAAGCACAGACUAAUUGCUGAUGCUUUGAAUCUCUUCUCAGAAAUGACUAGUAGAGGUGUCAUUCCAGACGUUGUUACUUAUACCAUGCUGAUUCACGGAGCAUGCAUGUUAAGCAAACGAGAAGAAGCUAUGAGGUUAUUUAAUGAGAUGGUAGGUCGAAAUAUCACCCCUGAUGCACACACUUACACUGUCUUGGUUGAUAUGCUAAGCAAAAAGGGGAUGGUUGCAGAUGCACAACAUAUGACGGUGAUUAUGGAACAGAAAGGCUUCAAAUCUGAUGUGGUAACCUAUAGUUCACUUAUGGAAGGUUAUUGCUUGCGAGGAGAAAUGGAUGAGGCAAGGAAAAUAUUUGAUAUGAUGCUUGACAGGGGUUGUGAAAAUGAUAUUCAUGGUUAUGGCAUUCUGAUCAAUGGUUAUUGUCAAAUUAGGAGGAUAGACGAGGCCCUCGGUCUAUUUGAAGAAAUGCCAUCCAAGGGACUUAUUCCAAACAUUGUAACUUACAGCUCUCUUAUUGGUGGCUUCUGUAAAGUAGGAAAAACCCAGGCUGCUUGGGAGCUAAUUUGCAAGAUGCAAGAUUGUGGUCCGAUUCCUGAUAUUCAAACAUAUAGUAUUUUACUUGAUGGUCUAUGCAACAAUGGACAACUUGAAGACGCGGUGUCAUUAUUUCAAGAUAUGGAAGAGAAGAAGUUACCGAUUGAUAUCGUGGCCUACAAUAUCCUCAUUGGAGGGUUGUGUAAAGCUGGCAAUUUGGUCGCCGCAAAGGAUCUCUUUUCCCAAUUACCAUCCAAAGGCCUUCAACCUGAUGUCAUAACAUAUCGAGUAAUGAUCAGCGGCCUUAUUCGUGGAGGCCAAAUGGAUGAAGCCACAAGCUUACACAAGCAAAUGGAAGAGAAUGGAUACCCCUCAAACAGUGGCACUUAUAAUUUAAUGAUCCGUGGAUCUGUCUGUAAUCACGAUCUAUCAAGAGCUGUGCAGCUUGCUAAUGAGAUGGGGGGAAGGGGUUUCUCUGCAGACGUUUCAACCGUGGAUAUGUUUCUUGAUUUAAUUUCUAGUGGGAAAUUAGAUCCUUCUCUGCGAUCAAUGUUCCAAAAGGAGUUAUGAGGUGUAAGUCAUUUGAAAGGGGUUUUAGCAGGGAAGAAACUUUUUGAUGAAGUUGAUCGAUGGCAGAAACCAACAACUAUUUGUAUUUGUGCGUGAGAGACUUGUAAGCUGCUACAAACUCAAUGUUGCUUAUGUUAGAGAACUCCUUGAAUCCCAUAUUGGAUUACCAAAUUAGUUCUUUU